CAGUAGUCCCUACAGAAUCUUAGACUCAAAAUGCAUGCUGACUGCCUACUAAACAAUUAGUGAGCAAAGAGUUUAUUAUAGACUUGUCUAGAUUGCAGUGAUCGAGAAAGAGCAUCGACCUUUCUCCGUUGAGCGAUCAGCGCCUCCUCCAUUUGGUAGGCAGCUGCCAUUGUUGACCAGAAAAGGAGAGUGUUUUGAUUCAUAUUUGGGAUUUUCAAGUACCACCCAUGUAAAUUGCAGUCCAAGCGCUUCUUCUUGUUCAUUACUUAUCCUUGGGUCAAAUCAAUUCCAGGAUAGGCUUAGGCACGGAUCUAUAACAAUGCAUGUGUGGAUUACGCAUCAGCACUAAUAAAAUUUGAGCCAGCUUGGUCAGAUAAAUCUCCCAUGCAAGUGAGACGAAACUGGUUUUUUCCAUAGGACAAUCUCUUUCCACGAAUCGGUUCAGUUAAGCUGAGAGAUGUCCUUCCGUAGAAAGGACAACGAUGCAUUACAGUUAGAGGAAGACUCAGCGAGCGCCGUAACGAUGGUGGAAGGAAGGAAAAUGCAUACUACAGUUUCGUUUAUGGACUGGGCGACCAAAAGCCAUGAUUAUGGCGGGGCCAAAAGAAAGAGUUUGGAUUUGGAAAGGAUGGGAAGCGGAGUCAGUUGUGGAGAUUCUUCCGGCAGUGGGGAGUAUGUGUCAAGGUUUAGCAAAAAUGGGUUUGGAAAUGGAAAGACGGCUAAUGGGCACUGGUUAGAGCAGAUGCAGAUCCACCAGAGGCAUGACCUCGUCAACCUGAGGGCGGCGGCGGAUGAAGCGUAUCUGCAUCGUAACCCGUUUGAAAGCAUCAAGUAUGCAUAUGUGGAAGAGGUCCAGGGGAAGGGGAGAGGAGGGGAAAAUAGUGGAGGGGUGGAUAACAAGGGGAGUCCUGGCGCUACAGGAGAGGAGAAAUCCCGGAGAGUACACAUGUUUGAUAAGGCGGUGACCCCCAGCGAUGUGGGAAAGCUGAACCGGCUGGUGAUUCCGAAGCACCACGCGGAGAAAUACUUUCCGCUGGACACAAAUGAAAAAGAUAAAGGAUUGCUGCUCACAUUCCAAGAUAGCAUGGGGAAAGAAUGGCGGUUCCGGUACUCGUACUGGAGCAGCAGCCAGAGCUACGUGCUCACCAAGGGCUGGAGUCGAUUCGUCCGCGAAAUGAAACUCCACGCAGGGGACGUCGUUUCCUUCCACAGAGCCGUCGCCGACACCCACAACAUGCAACAGCAGUUCUUCAUCAGCUGGAAGCGGCGCGCCGCCAAGACGCCACUUCUUUUCUCCCCCUUUCAAACCAGUCCUUUUGAACAAGCUAAUGGCAGAGUGGGCAGAACAGGCAAAUCUCCUCCUCGUCCUCCUCCUUCGCAAUGGGUGUCUUUCGCUUCUGCCAUGCCCAUGGCGGCGCCACUAUGGGCGGAGCAGUUGAGCGGCCGCCCGCCCACAGAGGCGAACUGGGGCAGAGAGAAUCCACAGUUUAUGAAGCUCAUGCCUGUUGAACAACCACCUGCAGAAAAUGCAGCGGCUGUAGAAGAGCCUCACAAAAGAGUAAGGCUCUUCGGUGUCAAUUUGUAAUCUUGGAAGGUCUAGCGUUUUUUUUCUCGGGUGUACCGUAAAAAUUGCAUACAAUCCCCCACCAAAGAGGCAGCCGACUUGUCGCAGAUUUUGUAUCAUCAAAUAAAUUUGUGAAAUUAUGAUGGCAGUGGGGUUCAAUCUCAGUCCUCUGUCUGUCUGUCUGUUGUAAAAACUUGGUUUCUUUUUUUGUUCUGAAGGAUGUAAAUGCUAACAAGAAAUGCACAUGGUGACAGCACCAUUUCCAAGAAGAAGAAGAAGAAUCCCUACUUUUUUA